AUGCCCUCUACUCUGCCUGCGAGCAUUUUGGUCAAGCCUCUACUUGGUCAGCUUGCCAACUCCUUCCUCUUCUUUCUUCGGUUGGUGCUAGUAGCAACGCUCUGGCUAGCCAUCAUUCCUGCCCUCCUUUACUGGUCAUGGCAGCUCGGUUUUAUGCUGGGAGAUUAUGUGUCUCUGCGGCUGUCUGGCCAUCUGGACUAUAUAGAGAUGUAUGUCGGAAGCACUGUGAAUGCGUCUCAGACUCCGAUAAUCUCUAUGCCAUCGACUUCUUUCUCGUCGUCGUUACUGGAUGCCCAGCUCCGACCGACUUCCCCCGUCCUUACCCUGCAAACGACUCCAGCCGCAAUCCCACCACAUGAAUCUUUUAUCUCCUCAACAUUCUUGCUUCGCGACACUAUUCCAUUGUCUAUCCAUCCUGUAGGGUCGACUUUGUCUCACCCAGGGCCCUCCAUUCUCGCACCACCAGCCUCACAACAUCCCCCGAUGAAUUCGAAGCCUCAGAACCCUUGGUACAUGGGCCCACCUGAUGCCGAAGCCAAAACACUGUACCGUCUGCUUCACGACAAGGUCGCAGACCUGUUCGCCAAGGACCAUCCGUACCCCCUGUUAUCCAUCAUUUUCGGCUCAGUUCAAAUUCUCUCCUACCUCCUUUAUUGGCUAGGCUGGUGGCUAAUCAUGAGCGGCAUCAGCCUCCUCCUUCUACCCUACGAUCUCUACAAGUUCAACGUCUCCCGGUGCACUUCCGAACGUAUCCUGGCGCACUCGUUUCUCGACCGUGUUACGAAGGAGCUCUCUGGUCCCAUCGUAUCAGGCCAGUUUAUCGCCAUAAUCAUGGUCGCGACCUAUAUUUGCCUCUGGUUCCUUCGCGAGUGGAUCGUCGAAAAUGCAGACGACGAACGGCUCCGCCGACGUCAACCUGGGAACAACCAACCAGCAGCGAAUCCACAGGGAGAGCAAGACCCUCCACCAGAUCUGGAGGAAUUUUUUGAUGAUCUUGUCGAACCACCAACUCCACCACUUAAUAUUAUCUCGUUGGAUGACCAGGCUGAACUCAUGAAGGAGGUGCAGAAGAGGAGGGCUGAGCGGGCUGAACAGGAGCGUAAGAGUCGAGAUAUCAUCAAGGAGUGGCAAGUAGAGAAGACCAGUGAGAUUGUGGCAGGUUGGAAAGAGCAGAAGCUCAAGGAGAUUCAGCAUCGCCUAGGUGAUAAUGCGACGCCAUUGAUUGACCGAAAUGGAGAAAUGCUGGUGGCCGACCCACGGGAAAAUACGCCGCAAGAGAUUUUAUGGGCACCCCUGGCUAGUGACUCUCCCGCAGUUGAACAAGUAGAGUACAUCGAGAACACGGAGCUCGCACAAGCGACGGCAGUGAUGUCAUCAAAGGUCUACACCCCUCGCUUGCCACUUCCUACAGCUCUCCCUGUCGAAUCAGCGGUUUCAUCACAACAAAUCACCAUGACAGCCUCAUCCAACCUAUCGAUAUCGAUGCAGCAGGAUGGAUCCCCAAAGGCUGACCCUCAUUCGACACACAAAGAGAUCUCAGAGGUGCCACCAUCUUCCGCUGAACCUGAAAAAAUCGAUAAGGAACCAGCUGGAGAAAUUGCUCUCAAAUUCACAGAAAUCCUACCAGCAGUUAGUCCCUCCGAACCAGCUCUCCCUCCGGUACAACACUUGCCUUCACAGGUACCACCUGCAAUCCCCAUCAGCGAACUCAGCGAACCGAAGCGGUCAUUCACGCCGCCAUUACCCUCUCCUUCAGUCUUCAGAGCCCUUGUCCCCCCUCCGAACGCAACAGAUGCGCUCCCUGACGGCACAAUUCCACCACUUUCACUAGAUCCCAGGCCCUCAAGCUCUGCUAGCUCAACUUCAAGUCCAUGGGACGCCGAGACGAGUAAAUUUUUCCCAAACAAGCGACCAAGACGACCGAGCUCGUCCGCAAGCAGCAUGGAUUUGAGAACGAACUUCCGGAAGCCUCCGUUUCCUCCGGCAAAACAGGGAACUCCUGCAUCUACAUCUCCGAGCACACCUACGUCGGAGGGAGCUAGAUCUACUACUACCUUUUCUUUCACGUUUCCUGCUUCGCAAAACAUGCCCAAAGCGGACAAAGUCUUCAUGAAGAAGCCUGUUGCCACUUCAGGUCUGAACGUCAACGCUCCGGCAUUCCAGCCCCGUAUCAUGGCGCCAGUCGCUCACCCAUUCAACGUGAACGCACCGACCUUUAUUCCUACCGCUGCUUCAUCAACACAGGUUCCUGGCUCGCAACCGUCCAUCGGAGAUCCGUUCCUUCAGGGACUGAGCCAAGUUCCACAAUGGGCCCAUGGACCGCAUCUCGCAGGUGCAUAUGACAAUCGAUUGAGUAUGGUGCCUUCAUCAGGUCUAACUGCUUUUCAAUCUGAAUCUUCAUCGACCAUGCCACCGAGGCCAGACUCCGUCUUGCCUCAUCUCGCAUACGCCAUGAAGAAUCCAGUUAGCGGCGAGUCGUCAGGCUCGACCCCCGCCCAAGCAGCCCGAAUGACUCAUGGGCACUCGAUGAGCAUGGGUAUGGGACAUCGGACCAAGGCCAUUGAAGAGACGCCUCGUCCAAGAGGACGUGCUCUCACCACGGGGGCAGGUGUCUCGCAUUCCUCAAUCUCGAAGUCGCAAUCCGUCAGCCGGCUUUCCACCACCAACCUUCAGACUAGCCCCCCACGUUCUAGUAGUUUGUCAGCUCAAACACCUCGCAGACUCGGCGAGGCGAACCCCCUCCUCCAGCCCAGGGCGCCUGAGUCCGCUUCUCCCAAAUCAGCACCAAAUGCACAAACGAUGCCAUGGUACGGGCUGCCAGAUCCACGUCCUGGGCUUGACCGUGAUUUGGAAAUGGAGCUCAAAAUCAAAGCGGAUUAUAAGGCGUGGAGAGAAAAAGUCAAACCUAUAGACGAAGCACGCGAACGGAAACUGAAGGCUUUUUUGGAGAAAUACGAAGCCGACAAGGCUGCUGCAGAGGCGGCAGAAAAGGCAAAAGCCGAUGGGGUGAAGCCAGAUGUUGCUGUGAAUAACCAAGGAGCGACCGAGGGCAACAACGACGGGCCAAGGAUAAUGGCUGAGACUGGAGUCUCGAAGGAUCAGGAUAAUUCUUGUCCGGAGGUGAAGGUACCACAAACUUCCGGUGAACAUGUUACCAGUCCCGUGCCUGAACCCAAAGCGCCUGAGGAGCAAUCUCCCUUACAGAUCUCUACAAGCAAAGUAUUACCGGAGCCACCCGCUAUCUCGCAAACUUCAAGCAAUCGCAGUCGAUCACCUGGACCAAUUCCGUCAUCCAAAGCUUCUAUCGUUGAGGACUCAUCGGUGACCCCUCUUGAGCGGCCGUCUGGGUCCGGUCCUAUCAAAUCAGCACCAAACACACGCCGCGACGCUGACCGCGAUAUGGAAAUGGAGCGCAAAAUCAAAGCGGAUUAUCAGGCGUGGAGAGAAAAAGUCAAACCUAUAGACGAAGCGCGCGAACGGAGACUGAAGGCUUUUUGGGAGAAAUAUGAAGCCGACAAGGCUGCUACAGAGGCAGCGGAAAAGGCAAAAGUCGAUGGGGUCAAGCUUAAUGCUACUGUGAAAGAUCAGGGAGCGACAAAGAGCAAUAACGGCCCAGGGGCAAUAGCUGAGAACGAAGCCUCAAAGGAUCAGGAUAACUGUCACCCGGAAGUGAUGGGAUCACGAGCUUCCGAUGAACAUGGUACCAGCCCUUUACCUGAACACAAGGCCCCUGAAGAGCAGCCUCCUGUACAUUCCUCUGCAAGCAAAACGUUGGUCAGACCGCCUGCUACUGUCUCACAAACCUCAAGUAAUCGCAGUCGACCACCUGGACCGAUUUCACUACCCAGAGCUUCUGACAUUGGCGACUCCUCGGGGGCCCCUCGUAAACGACCAAGCCUUCCCUCCGCAGUCAGUCCUGAUGUUUUGGACUCUCCAUCAAGAAUGGCGCUCUAUCAAGCUCCAGAGGAGGUCAAAACUGGCGAUCGAGUGAUAAACAGUCGAUUCAAUGAAGAGUUGAGUCACAGCGACCAUUAUUUUAAUGACCAUCAAGAACCAGAUCCCGUUCUUGACGAGGAAGGUCGUCAUAUCAACAUCCCAGCAGCUCUCGAUGCGGCACAUCGGGUGGAUGAUCAGGAGGGUAAUCAAGCCAUAGUGGAAGCAGCAAGACGAGCACCAGAACCCGAUAUUGUGGAUGAUCCUGCUCUCCCAAACGCCGCUCCCCCAGACGUCCCCGCAGAGGUAAACGCUGACGAAUGGGAUGAGCUGGCUCAGAUGAUGAGAGCAGUGGGUAUGGCGGGACCAUGGCGAGGUAUCGCACAAAACGCCUCCCUGGUACUUUUGGUGUUUAAUCUCACCCUGGGUCUUGCCGUGUUUCUUCCGUACGUGCUUGGAAAGACAAUAUCACUCCUACUGGUCGAGCCUCUUGAUUUGGCCCACGCUUCUGGACAAGACGCAUAUUUCCAUCUCCCAAUUCGUUGGAUCACAAGAGGGCGGGGAGUUGGUAUACUUGAGCUCAUUUUCGUUGCCAUCGACUUUAUCAAAAGCCUUCUCCGAGGCGUCGACAAAAUCGCAGCGAUGGUGAUGGGUGCGUCUAUGACAUCCUCUUCGGAUGUUCCUCCCGCGGUAGAACCGUCAGAAAUCUCCAGACUUUGGUCCAUUAUCCGCCCAACGACCGUUCUCCGCAGCAUUGUCCAGCUUAUGGCUCGAGCGUUCAUGCGGCGGAGAAAUGAUGUAUGUGCGGCACCUGUAGUAUGGUCGCACUCUUGGUUCAAUAUGGUCUCAGUAUUCGACCAGCUCUUGUGCUCGAAGUGGACUACCUCGGAACGCGACCAUGAAGAUGCCUCGAUAUUUCAUUCGUUGGGUAUCUCUAUCAUUCGGUCCAUUUCCACCAACCGGGGAUCCGCUAUAAUAUGUGGCUAUCUAAUCACGAUCGGAAUGCUGGCUUUGCACUCAAAGACUGGUGGUCGGCGGGCGACUCAAAUGCCAUUGACUCUCGUCAAGGUUGGUGCAUUGGUGAUUCUCGAUGCAUUUGUCAAGCCCUUGGUGCUGGGAAGCACGUUAGAUGUCUUUCUAUUUGCCCCAGUAGCCACUGCUACGCCAAGUUCCUGGAUCAACUUCUGGAUAUCCGCAACCUACGCCAACGCAUUCUACCACUGGCUCUUCGGGAAUCUGAUGAUGAUGCUACUUCAGCAUAUUCUUCGGGAUGUAGAGCGAAACCUACGACCAGGAGCGUUGCUGAAAAUCCAGGACUAUCUGGAUCCACGCUCCCCAUCCAUCCGCAGUAUGAUCAAGAACCAUAUCCUUUGGCAUAUGGCUUCCUUCGUCGUUGGACUAAUGUCCAUGGUCCUUCUUUUGUGGGUCACCGUCGGCCUCGUUGUCGACUUGAAUAACUAUGUUACGCCAAACUUUCUCCCGAUUCGCUGGUCUCCCAGAUCGCCCUUGUCAGAUGUCCCAAUAGAUCUCCUCACCCUGCACUUCUUUUUGCCGUCGGCAAUGCAAUUCCUCAAAGUUCGGAAGCUCAUCAAGAAGACGGCGAAAUCAAUUGUUCUCCAGUGCAGCAAGAGUCUCGGUCUCGAAUACGUCCUAUUCGACCAUCCAUUCGAAGAUUACAAUACGGUCCACGGGACCUUCUGGCGUAUUCCCGUAUCGAAUCAAGCCGUAACGCUGGUUGGUCGGCCCCAUGCAGUCGAGACGGACGUUGCGGGCAACGGCAUCACACAAGAAGAUCGAGACAUUAUUGACAUGCAGAUACUGGCGUCUGAAAAGGCUUACAGGAACCCUACCAAAGACUUUCAAGUCGUCUUUUAUCCAGUUGAGUUUAAGCGACGCCUUGCUGCGCUCAUUCUCCUCGUCUGGUUGGCAUAUUUUGCCGGAGUCUGGACAAUAGUUACUUUGCCCAUCUGUACCGGACGUCUUAUCUUCAAGGCCUUUGGUCUCUCCAACGUCUUUGACGGGUAUUGUUGGCUAGCCGGAGCGUCCGUCUUCUGGUUUGGCAACGUCGCCCGCUAUGUCAUCAAUCGUGAACACAGACGAUGGGAAAGGUUCCUCACGAAUCAUGGUGGAGCUUUUCCUGUCUGGUUCUUCCUUCAGCACACUGCGACCGUGUGUGUACGCCUCGCCUUUUCAGUCAUUCUCCUUGUCGGGAUCGUUCCCACAUUGUUCGGCCUCCUCUUCGAGGUCUACAUUGUGCUCCCUUUCAGUUAUCAUCUCUACCCUAACUCGACUCCGACGCUCCGCAUUUUCGACGCCUGGUCAACUGGCUUUUUCUUGUGCUCCAUUGCUAUUCAGUGUGCGCGGUUUGGAGAACAACCCCAGCUCCCGCCCUUCGUGGAGGCUAUAUUAACAGACGGUAUCUUCAAGCUCCGAGUCAGAAAGCUCGCGAGAGAUGCCUUUGUGCCUAUAAUCUCGCUUUGCGUGAUGAUCCUCUUUCCGUUCUUUAUCCAGAUGCUACUUCCCGCAAACAAGGAAGCGGGAGAGGUUGUUGGCCAGUCCGUUCUUAAAUACAUCAUACCCAUCGCCAUGCUCAUGCUGGUCUCGAGCGGCUUCACCGGCGCACUCCACACACUCUGGCAGGCAUGGGUGGAAAAGGUCCGCGACCAGGUCUACUUACAAUCCCAAGUCAUUCAAAACAUCGAAGAUAGCUCGGAGGCUACAACGUGA